CCUGCAUAAACCUGCCUUGCGGAGCUAGACAGGUGAGGGCGGGGUUAUUGAUCAGUGAUAAGAAACAGCUGCUGUGACGUCUGUGGCCACGUCCAGGUGAUGUAACUAAAGCCUGUGCACGUGUUCUGGACAUGAAGCUCUGCGUCACUCAGGUUGUUUUCACGUGUCUGACAGGAAGGUGAUGUCACCCUGUCACAAAAAUACAUAAUUGGGGUUAAAAUGAAAUGUGCAAAUCUCGAGUGAAAGAAGACUGAUAUCAGCUGGAAUCAGCAAUUCUAUGUUACUGCACAGUGGAGGCACAUCUGGUCGUCAAUGGCAGAGUCUCGGGUAAUUGUGGAGGAGCUGCUGGCUCUGUGUCUCCAGAGGAUCACUGUGGAGGAAAACAGUAUGCGGACUGAGCAGGAGUUGAUUGAGCUGGUGAAGAACUUCGAGGAGGUCAGAAAGAAGUGGCUGCAUGCCGAGCUGGAGCUGAAGAAGUACAAAGAGCUGCUGGUGAAGUCGGACGUGGCCAAAGCUGCUCUGGAAGUGAAGCUGAAACACGCUCGUAAUCAGCUGGACGUUGAGAUGAAGAAACGCUACAAGGUGGAGGCCGACUACCAGUACCUGGUGAGGCAAGACCUCGAGGUUGGAGGUGGAAAUCAUGGCUGGCUGACAGGUCUGUUUAUAAUGAGCUGUUCAGCCUGUGUGGGGAGCUCACAGACCUCUGUCCUGUGCUUCCAGCAGAGGCAGAUGCAGCUAAUGUGCGACAUCCUCGUCCACGACACUAAAUCCAGUGCCUGUCUGAACGAUGAGCAGAAGUCUCUCUUGGCCACGUUUGAGCACAAAGGGGGGAACAUGACACUGCAGAGGAGCACCAGACGGUUGCCUGUGAUCGAUGAGUCGUCCUUCCUGUCUCACUCUGACAUCAGCUACGAUCGCACGGACGACGAUGUGGAUUUGGACACAACUGUGAUCCAACCGCUGAGGUCUCGAGCAAGAGAGAGGAGGCGUUCCUCGAUGGGUCUGCCUGUUGGUGCUCCGGUCAGGAAACGAAGCAGAGGCAGGAACUUGUCAGCAGAGCUUCUGGAGAGGAAAACUGUGGAGAAGGAGGUGGAGACCAUUGUGAAGGCCUCCAUCAUUUCUAAUGACACUGGAGGCCAGGUCCACAUGGUGCUGGGAAUCACUCAGGAAACCUCCGACACCCAGGAGUGUACCGUCUCAGCAGGAGGUCAGCUCUACAUUCAAGAUACAAGAUGUUUAUUGUCAUGUGAGAAAACCCGUGAGUGUUUUGGACUCUGUCCUUCAGGCCAGACGUCGGUGUGGUUUCCCUGCAAUGACUCGGUCACCGGUCCUGAAGGUGAAGCUCUGGUCGAGGAGAAAGUCAGGAACAUUGGCAGAGAUCAGAAAGCCUCCAAACACACCUUUGUGUCAAAGACGGUGAUCCGGCCGGAGACCUGCACGCCGUGUGGGAAGAGGAUCCGCUUUGGGAAGAUGGUGGUGAAGUGCCGGAACUGUCGUGUGGUUGCUCAUCCGGAGUGCCGACAGAAGUUCGCUGAUGGCUGCACAGCCUUCAAUGCCACUGCAGGAAGUACAACUCAAACGGCAGCUAAGGACUCGUUGGAGGACUUUGCUCCUCAGACUCAUCCCAGAGUGCCUCAGCUGAUUGUGGACUGCGUGGCCGAAAUCGAGAGGAGGGGCCUGCAGGAGAGAGGCCUGUACAGAGUUCCUGGAGGUGAGCGUCUGGUAAAGGAGCUCAGAGACUGCUUCCUUCAGGGGAAAUCUGCUCUGAUGCUCAGUAAAGUCCAAGAUGUCCAUGUGGUCUGCGGACUGCUGAAAGACUUCCUGAGGAAGUUGAAUGAACCUAUGAUCACCUUCAGACUGCACAGGACCUUUAUGGAGGCUUCAGAGCUGCCUGAUGAAGACAACUGCUCAGCUACCAUGUAUCAGGCCAUAGCAGAGCUGCCAAAGGCCAACAGGGACACGCUUGCCUUCCUCAUGAUUCAUUUACACAAGGUGAUGAGGAGUCCUCAGUGCCAGAUGGACCAGAAUAACUUGGCCCGGGUGUUCGGCCCAACCAUUGUGGGUCACGGGAUGCCUGAGCCAUCACCCAGCACCAUCUUGAGAGACACCAACACUCAGCUGAAGGUUGUCUGCUGCCUGUUGUCCCUCCCUGAAGAUUGCUGGAGGCGUAUCCUCAUUGGCCAAAUCCCCCCCCCUUCCUCCACCAGUAAGAUGGGCCAGAAUGAAGGGCAAGGUUGUUUCUUCCAGCCGCUGACAUCUCCAGAGUUAAACAGUUACUACCAAGCUACAGCAGGAGGAUCUGUGAGAGGGCGAGUCAGGAACCGGGCCAAUGCAGGUCGACCAGAGCCAGCGAGGAAAUUCUUCACGUCGCCCAGCUGACAGAUUUUGAACCUCUGACCUGUUUGAGCACACUCUAAUGCUGGACCUCGACCUGAUGAUCAUUUUUAUAGAUUUCAUGCUAACCACAUAAAGUUUGUUAUCAAGGCACUUCAAAAAAUUACAAGUUGGAAUAAAACGUGAUGUCCUGUG